CAAAAUCACCUGGCACUGGACUAGAUCUAGAUGUAGAUGAUGGAGAUGGAUAGAAAAAAGUCACCCACGUAAAAUCCGUGUAUUUUCUUUAAUAUUUUACAAAAAAAAAUAUUACUUUGCAAUAGAAUCAAACAUAUUCUUUAUUUCGACCGAUAUAAUUAGUAAAGUGCAAUAAAAUUAAACCAAUCAUGGUUAAAUAACACAAAAAAACAUAAACAUUCUUCCGAUUAAGUGCAACACAAAAAAGAAAUAAAAAUGGAAAAACAAAUAAUACACCUUUUCUUCUUAUUUCAAUUUCAAUGUACUACAUCAUACAGUUAAUAUGCAAGCAAGCAAACAACUAAUAAUAAACAAAAACAAAUAAGAAAAAGAUAAGAAGAAUAAAUUAAAAUAUUAAACAAAAUAGAAUAACAACUAAUUAAAAAGAGAAAAACUGGCAUCAAAUGUCUGCUGCCAGUAUAAAAACUAAAAAUAAACCGAAAUAUUCGGUAUUGGCAAAACUACGGCCAAUAACCAAUAAAUAUAAAUUUUCAUCAACAACUGCAAUAAACAAUAAGCGAGAGCCACUUUUCUUUUUCAUAAUGCGUUUAAAUCUAAAAGCGGCUCUUCUCUGUCUAUGCAUAGCAGUAUUUGUAAUAACACUCUCCUGGUAUAUGCGCUGUUCAGAUUUUAGACUGCCACACGUUUUAGUUCGUCGUUGGGAUCGUGGCAUAUACGAUAGUAGUAGUUCAUUGUCAUUAGCAGUCAAUGGACAAAGUCAAGAUAUAGACUGUCUUAUCAACCAAGAGUACACAAUUCAUUGUAAACGAGAAAACGACGAAGUCUAUGUUCCCUUUUCAUUUCUUCGAAGUUAUUUUGAAGUCUCUGGAGCAUUAAGUACAGAGAAUCAAAUAACCAGAUUUAAUUGGACGCAUAGUAGUGCGAAAAUUAAUUACCCUAAGGGUAAAUAUGAUUCAAGGGGAUUGUUUAUGUAUUUUGAGAAUUACAAUGUCGAGGUACGAGAAAGAGUUAAAUGCAUCAGUGCGAUCGAAGGAGUUCCAAUUAGCACACAAUGGGAGAAACGUGGUUAUUUCUAUCCAACUCAGAUAGCCCAGUUUGCUUUGUCGCAUUAUAGCAAAAACCUCACAGAACCAGAACCUCGAAGAAAGAUUCUAGAAGACGCUGAUGCCAAUCAAAUGGAAUGGAUAACUCCCAAGUCAAGCAAUCUAACACGAAUUUGGCACCCGAAAUUCAAUACUUCAGUUGUUCAAUUUGAAACCACAAUCGAUUACGAAAGUGCAAUCAGUAUUAAUGUUGACUACGCUCUGGAUCUGGUAUUGAGUCUGGAUCUUUUGUUAGUUAGCAACAGCAGCAGUUUAAUGGUCACUCUGCAGAAUCGAGAAACUAAGCAUACCUACAAUUUGUAUUAUAUCAUAGCUGAUCUGGUGGUGAGUGUUCAGGAGGAGAAUAUCUAUUAUGGGCUAGGUAGUUCGUCAGUGCAUCGCUGGCGACAUCUUACUCGUGAUCUUCUCAUCGAUGUUCAAAAGGGUCUGCUUAAUCCCGAUAAAAAAGCCAAAAUUCGCCGAAGUGAACUUAAAGUGGCUUCGAUUUCAUUUCUGGGCAUUGGAUUCUUUGAUAAUAUUACUCUGUCCACAUACGAUCAUUUGGCUCAUUUCUACGAUGCCGCUGAAUGGUUUGUGAAUAAUCAGGAUAGAAAAACAGGUGGCUGGCCAAAUCCAGUUAAGAGAAGUCUACUCGGAUUUCAGGAAUUAAAAUCCGGUUGGUUGUCUGCUAUGGGACAGGGUCAUGCGAUAUCCGUGCUGGCACGAGCUUAUUGGCAGUCUGGAGGGGAUAAGCGCUAUUUGAAAGCUGCAACCAACGGACUCAAGCCAUAUAAGGUUCUAUCGAAAGAUGGAGGUGUUUUGGCACAAUUUAUGGAACAAUAUAAUUGGUAUGAAGAGUAUCCAACGACUCCUGCGUCUUUUGUACUAAAUGGAUUUAUUUACUCUUUGCUUGGGUUGUACGAUUUAAAUUGUACUGCUCCCGCGGGUAUUGCAAGAGAAGCUGGAAAGCUCUUCAAUCAGGGAAUGCACUCCCUGAAAAAGAUGCUUCUUCUCUACGACACUGGCUCCGGGACAAUAUAUGAUUUAAGGCAUUUGAGUUUAGGUGUAGCACCAAAUUUAGCCCGAUGGGACUAUCACGCAACGCAUGUAAAUCAGCUUCUUCUCCUAGCUACCAUCGAUUCCGAUCCAAUUAUUUCAACAACUGCCGAUCGAUGGAAAAGUUAUAUGUUUGGCAAAAGAGCAAAACACAACUAAAAAAGAAAAAUUAUUUGAGUGAUUUAUUAUCGAUUGAUUGAAAUAAUUGGUAUGGUAAGAAAAAUAAUAUUUUCUUUAAAGGUAAAUAAUUUAAUCAAUUGCACGACUAGCAGUUUAGUGAUAUUUAUUCGGUAUUGUUCAAUUGAGUGUUGUUGCUAUGUUUGUAACGAUUCGUUGUAGUUUAGUCUAUGUUUAUAUUUAUAUAUAAUAUAUAUAACAAAAAAAAAAACAAA